CGUCCACAGCGAGCAGAACCAGGAAAUACGGGAGUGGGGCUGGGAGCCCUGGGAGCCAGAGGCUGGGUGUGAGCCCUGCGGAUGCUGUGCCUCCGUUUCCCCUCCUGUACAACCUGCCGUUAAUGAACCUGUGAGCUGGACGCAGGGAGCAGGAGCCCCUACGUCUGGCACUCUGGCCAUGUGCAGCCCCGAGGAGUCAGCCCUGCUCCGGGUGGAGGAGGGCUUCUCAGCCGCCCUGACUCACAUCAACAGCCUUGUCCUCCAGCCCCUGCUCUCUGCCGCCUCAGAACUCUCAGAGCUGCAGGGUGCAGAGUGCCUGCAGCUCUUGGAGCAGCUGCACGGGAGCACCCAGCAGCUCUGCGUAGUGACAGAGGACAGCCUGUGCUCACUGCGUGAGAGGCUGCGCCACCCCGACUCCGCCGGCCUCCAGUCCCUGCUGUUGCUGCGCGACCCCGACCGUGUCUUGCAGGCACACAUGGAGUACAUCGAGUCCUACACGAGCUGCUUGGUGGUGCAGGCUUUUCAGAAGGCAGCAAAGAGGAGGAGCGAGUACUGGCGGGGCCGGCGGAAGGCGCUUCGGCAGCUGCUGUGGGGCAUGAGCCCGGAGGGCUCGGUGGGCACGGUGCUGGUCCAGGCCCUCUGGCAGCCGCUGGCCCACCACGUGCAGCAGUGUGUGCUCCGGCUGCUGAGCCUCAGCGGCGCCAUCGGGGAGCGUGACCCCGCCCGGGAGCUGGUGGUUCGUGCAGCCGUCCUGUUUGGGAACCUCGAGGCCUUCCUCCGGCAGGCUCUGGACCAGGCUGUGGCCACGCAGGACCUGUGGCACACCCUGAGCAGCCGGCUGAGGGACGUGCUGUGCACCCCUGCUCGCCGGCUUUUGCAGGACAGCCACGACGUGCCUGUGACGGCCGCCCCGCUGCGGGCCGAGCGUGUGCUGCUCUUUGACGACGCCCUGGUGCUGCUGCAGGGCCACAGUGUCCACACUUUUGAUCUGAAGCUGCUGUGGGUGGAUCCUGAGCGGGAUGGGUGCGCGUUUCACCUCCUCACGCCUGAAGAUGUGUUCUCUCUUUGUGCCAAGGACCGCCAGGGCCAGGCGGUCUGGCAGUGGAAGGUGACCCGGGCUGUGUGCCAGGCCCUGCGGGGAAAGAAGGACUUCCCGGUGCUGGGGGCUGGCCUGCAGCCGUCGGAGCCCCCCGCCCACCGCUGCGGAGCCUACACCUUCCGCGCUGAGGGCCGGCUCUGCCAUGCCACCUACGAGGGCGAGUGGCAGCGUGGCAGGCCCCAUGGCAAGGGAACCCUGAAGUGGCCAGAUGGGCGCAGUCACGUGGGGGAUUUCUGCGAGGGCCUGGAGCACGGCUUUGGCAUCCGCCUGGUGCCGCAGGCCUCCGAGGACAAGUUUGACUGUUACAAGUGCCACUGGACGGCAGGCAGCAUGUGCGGCUACGGCAUCUGUGAGUACGGCAAUGACCAGGUGUACAAGGGCUAUUUCCGUGCGGGCCUGCGGCACGGCUUCGGCGUCCUGGAGAGUGCGCCGCAGGGCCCCCAGGUGUUCAGGUACACCGGCCACUGGGAGAGGGGCCAGAGGAGCGGCUAUGGCGUCGAGGAGGACGGGGACAGGGGCGAGCGCUACAUCGGCAUGUGGCAGGGCGACCAGCGCCAUGGCCCGGGGGUCGUGGUCACCCAGGCAGGCGUCUGCUACCAGGGCAGCUUCCAGGCGGACAAGAUGGUGGGCCCCGGCGUGCUGUUGUCUGAGGACGACUCCCUGUACGAGGGCACCUUCACCAGGGACCUGAGCCUCGUGGGGAAGGGCAAGGUCACCUUCCCCAAUGGCUUCACCCUGGAGGGCACGUUCGGCAGUGGGGUGGGGAGAGGACUGCACACGCAAGGCGUACUGGACACAGCUGCUGUCCCGCCGGACCCCAGCAGAACCCGUAAGAGGCAGCUGGGGCUGGGCGCCUUACCGGUGGAGAGCCGCUGGCAGGGAGUCUACGGCCCCUUCCGGGACUUCGUGGCUGCUGGCUGCCCCGCGGACCUGCAGGAGGCCAUGCUGGGCUUCCACGUGCAGAGCUCGCGGGAGCUGCGCAGGUCCCAGGAGUACCUGUGCUACACGAGGAUGCACCCCGAGGACAGUGAGGGCGGCGUGGCCGACACCCUGGAGGAGCUGCUGCGGCACCGGCAGCCUGAGGCCCUGCAGCAGUACCUGAGCAAGGCCCUGAGCCACCCCCUGCACCCGCUGGGCAAGCUGCUGCGCACGCUGAUGCUGACCUUCCAGGCCACGUACGUGGGCAUCGGGGCCAACAAGCACCUGCAGGGGCUGGCCCAGGACGAGGUGAAGCAGCACGCCCGGGAGCUCUGGGCCGCCUACAGGGGUCUGCUGCGGGUCGCCUUACAGCGCAGGGGCCACACCCUGGAGGAGGAGGACACCGAGACACGGGACCUGCAGGUGCACGGCGUGAUGCUGCCGCUCGUGCUGCCCAGCUUCUACUCGGAGCUCUUCACGCUCUACCUGCUCCUCCACGAGCCCGAGGAUGGCCUCUACAGCCAGGGCAUCACCAACCUGAGCCUCUUCCCCGACACCAAGCUGCUGGAGUUCCUGGAAGUGCAGAAGCACCUGUGGCCGCUGAAGGACCUCAGGCUCACCAGCAAUCAGAGGCACUCCCUGGUCAAGGACAAGUGCUUCCUGUCAGCCACUGAGUGCCUGCAGAAGAUCAUCACCACGGUGAGCCCCCGGGAGAAGCUAGAGGUGCUGGAGCGGACGUACGGGGAGAUUGAGGCCACUGUGUCACGGCUGCUGGGCCAGGAGCACAAGCUGCCCAUGGAUGACCUGCUGCCGCUGCUCAUCUAUGUAGUGUCGCGGGCCCGAAUUCAGCACCUGGGAGCUGAGAUCCACCUAAUCCGGGACAUGAUGGAUCCCAGCCACAUAGGGGGCCUCUAUGACUUCCUGCUCACGGCCCUGGAGUCCUGCUACGAGCACAUCCAGAGAGAAGACAUGCGGCUGCACCGCUUGCCAGGCCCUUGGGGCCCCAGGGAGCACUGGUAGCCCCACGCCGCCGGGACACAUGGGAGCAGCGACGCCCGGCCUGGCUAGAGUGAGGGCCAAGGUGCCGGUGUGGCCCUGGAGCUGAUGGUCUCCCCCUCGGUCUCCUGCGGCAGCUCCAUGGCAGUGAGGAGCCGCUGGCACCAGUGCUACCGCACCGUGGAGCCACCUGGCGGUGGAGGAGGCAGUCUCUGGGGACCUUCCGCUUCCGUUUCCUUACCUCCCUGCGUUCUGGAGCCCUCCUGAGGUCCCAGUGCGUCCUGGGCUGCAAUUCCCCUUUCACCGCUGGUCGGGUUCCCUGCUGCUCGUGACUGCCUGGUUUAGCCAGUCCUCUCCCUGGGCAGACCCGCCCCCUUGCCAGCUCUGCUGGCUCCCACCUGCUGGGUCUGUGCUGAGGAUGGCCACAGUCCCUCCACGAUGACACGGAGGGUGGUGCAGGAGCGAGGGGCGGCGUCACUGUCCUUUGGCUGCCCCACUGCCAGUGGCCCGUGAGCCACACACCUGCGACCUCUGCGGGCCUCUCUGUGGCAGGGCCAGCCCGUGUCCUGGCCAGCCAGCCCCUCCGGCUCAGGACCCACCGGGAAUGGGGCCCUGGGACCCCUGUGGGAGGGAGCACUUUAAGUAGGUGUUCUGGUAGGGAGCCAAUCCCUGCUGGGCCUUGGUUUCUCUCCUCAGGGGGCAUGGCCCAGGUGACCUGCAAGGCCAGUAGGGUGAGUGACAGCAGGCAGUGCGGCCCGGGAGGGGGAGGGGCAGAGCACCGGGUGCCCCCCUGGGAGACAAGCGGGGCCCACCGCCUGCAGUGUGCCCUGGGCGGAAAGCGAGUCUGGCCCCUGCCCUGGCUCUAGAUGUGCCUUCCACAACCAGACGACUGACCUCAGCCCCGGAGGCCCUGUGACCUCCCAGCGGGCCCUGGGAGAGCCCUGUAACACCUGAGCCACAGGGGGCCACUGGCCAGGCGCCUCCCCAGGGAGCAGACACCCUCACCCUGGCUGGUGCCACUGAAUGUACUGCUUGGAGAGGCUGCGGGCUCUGCUUCUGUCCAGACCUACAGCGUCCCCAAGAAAGUCCCCGCGGGAGUGGAGCUACUGUGAGGUGAGGAUCCCAGGACUCCAGGGACAACCACGUGCCCAAGGCCCCUGUCAGUGCCCUUCGAUCCCCUCCAGCCGUGUGACCUGUUCUGGGCCCCUCCUGCAGCACAGCCAGGCAUUCGUGCCCUGUACUCCUGCACUUCCGGCCCCCCUGGGGUCAGUGGGCCUCACCCCACACCUGCUGCACUGGAGCCUCUGGGCAUGGCCUGGGAGGGGGCUGCACAUUUCCAGGGGGAGCCCCAAGAGCAGCCACGUCUACCUCAGACCCAACGGCACAACCCUCCCAGCUGCUGGGGUCCUUCACACUGGGCAGUGAGGAGGUUGGCAGUGGAGCUCAGGAGCCAGGAAACCACCUGCUGUGGAGGUGGGACCACACCCCAGGGCCGGCCUCCCCCAGCUGGGCCCUUCCAUGGGUGAUCACCGUGGGCCACACCAGCAGGACCACGAGUGGUCUCAUUCCUGGCCACUGCCCAAUCCAGCAGGUGUAGCCAGGAGGUAGGAGAGGCGGCAGCUGAGGGCCGCCCACCCCCCUCUCCCCCUUGCGCCGUAGGUGCCAAAGCCUGCUUUCCAGAGGCAGCCUGGAGGUGGGGAGGGGGCGUGGCCAGGGUCAAGGGCGGCCUGUUCUCAUCCCCCCUCCCCUCAUAAUUAAACGGUGUGUUUGAGAGAUGCUUCUCGGGGGCGUUGCCAGAUUUAGAGCCUGCUUAUUUUGUCAGGUUUUGUUUUGUUUUUAGUCCAUUUUGUCUUUUGAUGGCACCUGCUGCCUGGAGGUGACAGGGGACGUGAAGUGUCCCAGGAAUGCCCCAGACAGCUGCCCAUGGCCACUGCUGUUGCUGCGUGCGGCACCUCGCCUGGCUGGCUGUGUUCAGGGACCUGAAGCGGGGAGCAGACCACUGGGGAGGCAGAGCCCCCCUGGCUGUGCGGGGGGAAUUGGUCGGACCCAGAGAAGGCGUGCAUGGCAGUUGGCGCCUAGCGGUACCCCUGGGAGCGGGGCACGGGGCCUGCGGGGUGUUAGACAGUUCUGGUCUGCAGCUGUCCUUCCCAUGGCUGUCCCUGCGGGUCACGGACAGAGCCGACAGGCCCAUGCCGUCUGCUGCCAGCACGUUUGUCCCAGUGGAGGCUGGGAAUCCUUCUUCUGCUGAUGGUUUCAGGAGCCAGACCACGCUGGAGGCCCACUGGUUGGUGAGAAUGUAACAGGUGCACUGGGGGCCAAGGUCUCCAGGGCAGGCGCCCUCAAUCUGCCUGGGGGCAGACAUUUUCCUGCACUCACAGUUUUCAGCAGGUGUGUCCCUGGCUGCUGGCCACUCUGGGCACCUUCCCUGAUCUCUGGGAUAGCCCUCAGUGUACUGAAUGAAGUCUCCAGGGUGCCCCAGGGGCUGCAUAGACUCCACACCUGGGAUGGCUGCACUGUGCAUGUGUGUGUGUGUGUGUGUGUGUGAGGGAGAGAGAGAGAGAGAGAAUCAUUGUGUGUGUGUGAGGGAGAGAGAGAGAGAGAGAAUCAUUUCACGCACGUGGGAGGUUCCGGGGGUCCUAGCUUACUCCUGUUUGGGAUGUCCUGUUGGCAUUGACGACAGAUGUUGCCUGGGCCAUGUCUGCUCUACUGUGUUUUCCCUCCAGACACACCCAGAAUGGGGAUGCCCGGGUGUAGCCACACACAGGAAACCAGGCUCUCUAACCCUAACCCUGCCCAUUACAAGUCCAGUGAUUGCCACCCUGGUGGGCUGUGCUGAGGUUCGCUGUAGCACUUGCUGUACUCAACUCGAGGGGGCGCUCUUGCUGAGUGCCAGUAGCCUCCUGCAGUAGGCACAAUGGUUACUCGCCGUCGCUUGCCCUUUGGAAGGCUCUGUGGCACUGCCUGGCUUUGGUGGUUGGCCAGGGUGACCGUCUGCGGGGGCCUUGCCUUGGCUCAGUUGUCGGGGUUCUGUGCUGCGUUGCGGCCACUCUGGCUGGGCCAGGGGAGCCAGGGCUCCCACCUGCCGCUUGUCCCAGGGUCAGGAGCGGGUGCUUAAAACUCAGUGAUCACAGUGGCCGCCUGGAUGCAGAGCUGCCUUUGCCCUGCAAGUCCUCAUCCUUCCCCUCCCCAGCCCAAGACCCCCGGACACCAAGGCGGAGGGCACACUCGGGUGGCUGCUUCCGGUUCUCCCUCCAGCAUUCCCUGGUGGGCAGACAGUGUGGUGCCCCGCUCCCCUCUGCUCAGCCAUCCCGGCAGGUCCUGUCUUUUCACACCCUUAACUCAAAAGAGGCUGUGUGGACUUCUGGCUUCCCCCAAGCAGGCACGGUAACCCCUUACCAGCCCCAGCAGAGGAUGGGAGAUCUCCUCCCCCCCCCUUUUCUCUGUCAGCUCUGCCUUUCAAGUAAAUAAACACCUCUUUUUAAAACAUUAGAUAAAGCAACAAAUCCUGAAGUUCGUGAUUAACAAACUAACAUUUAAAAACCAAACAAAAAAGGCUAAAACACUGGAAAGAAGGCCAAGCACUGGGUUUUAGUAAAAGGAUAUGGACCUCAUCGGUGUUUUUGAAAAAGCCAAUUAAGCUUGCAGGAAGGAAGAAGAAUAUUAGAGCCGUUUGUUUUCAAACCCGAUGAUGAUGAUGACUUACAGGGCUUUGUUCUGCAGAUGGGAGCGCGCCUGUUCUCACAGAAAACGAGACAGGAUUACGUGACACGAGUUUCCCGGGUGAGCUGGUGCAGCGACUCUGCUGUGCCACGUGAGCGGUGCGGCCACAAAGCUAGGACACUGCCUGGUGUGCCUAGGGCCUAAUGAUCGCAUUUCCAGAUGGGCGGGUGUUCUAUGGAAAUGGGAGGUGUGUGGGGUUUUGACAGCAAACCAGCUGUCCAGCCACUGUUGGAAGAAGGACUUUGCCCAGGCAGGGAGGUGGCUCGGGGGCUAACUCCCACCAUGCACUGGGAGAGAUUUGCAGGUAAACCCCUGCAGGUGGGGUGGCAGCGGCGUGACGUCUGUUGGGCCUAGCAGAGGGACUCGGCGACGUGCAUGGACGGCUCCUAGCCGAGGACCUCGGGGCCCCGGCUCCUCCGGAGGAGGGUCCAGCCGGGAGCUCUCAGCCGAUGUUCGCCUGCUUUUCAGUCUCACCGGGAUUGUUCCUGAGCCUCAGCUUGGUCUCCAGCCUCUGCUUCCAUUCUUCCCUGAGCCUAAACAUGGAACAGAACACAGACAGGUGGGAUGCCCGUCUCCACGGCUGUGGACUCCAGGGCGCUGACUUCCUCCCCCUCCCCCAAGCACCCGGGAAGCGGUAGAGGCCAUGGAUGGAGUUCUUGGCUCCUGGCUUCGGCCUGGGAGUGAGUCACCAGAUGGAAGAUGUUCUCCCUCCCUCCCUCCUUCUCUCACUGUUGCUCUGCCUUUCAAAUAAAUAAAUGGAUAACUAGUUUAAAAGAUUCU